GACUCGAGCCCUAUUGUGUUCAUCUCUCCUCCAUAUCUUCUUCCUCCCCCUCUGCCUUCCGCCUCCACUAUCCCCUUGCAUAGUUGCGUUUGGGCAAUCGAGAAGCUGCGUGAGGAAGGUUGUCGAGUGAGGUCCAGAGUCAGGGAGAGAUGGCUGGGAUUGGUCCGAUCAGGCAGGACUGGGAGCCGGUCGUGGUGCGCAAGAAGGCGCCGAACGCCGCCGCCAACAAGGACGAGAAGGCAGUCAACGCCGCCCGCCGCUCUGGCGCCGAGAUCGAUACCACUAAAAAGUACAACGCUGGAACGAACAAGGCGGCAUCCAGUGGCACAUCCCUCAACACCAAGCGGCUCGACGAGGACACCGAGAACCUUGCCCAUGAGCGUGUUUCAAGUGACCUGAAGAAAAACCUCAUGCAAGCAAGGCUGGAUAAGAAGAUGACCCAGGCACAACUUGCUCAGAUGAUCAAUGAGAAGCCACAGGUGAUCCAGGAGUACGAGUCAGGCAAGGCGAUUCCGAACAAUCAGAUCAUCGGGAAGCUUGAGAGGGCCCUUGGAGCUAAGCUGCGUAGCAAGAAAUAAUGUCCAAGUAUUGUGCCCUGAGUCAUAGGUGAAGAGGCCAAGACGAUCUAUUUGCUAUAGUUCCUGAAGUUCAUGCAGGUUGUUUCUGUUGGUGUUUUAGUGGAAACACUGAAUAUUUGCUAUAGUUCCCAAAGUUCAUGCAGGUUAUUUCUGUUGGUGCUUGAGUGAAAACACUGAAUAAAUAUGAUGCGAGAGAACCUGGCUUCAUGUGUCCGUUGUCGUAUGUGUUGAAAGUGUAAUUUGGCUAGUUGGUUUGUAUAAUCUACCAAAUUAAUUUGAUAGUCCAUCAAGCUAAUCAGUUGUUGGUUUGUACUUUA